AUGACUGUUCCGGAUUUGCAGUGUGAAACUAAUGAGAUCCCUUCAUAUAUGAAUGUCAUGCAACAAAAGCAUAAACUCGCCUUAGAGGCACAUCAGCGAUUUAGCGUUUCAAAGCUGUAUCCAGGCAAGCGUUCACCGGUGAAAAUGAACCCUAGCGCGAAGAGCUGGGUUCCAACUGUUCCGGCUGUAGGCGCAACAGUUACUCAACCACCUCCCAAGGUAAAACCAACUGCAGUUCCUCAUGUUUCCCAUCGAGACAAAACCAUUCGUGCCUCCAUGCCGUAUGUCCCUUCAUCCUAUGCACCUUAUCAGCAGUCCAAAGCCAAUCAGCCAUACGGUCAUCACUCUGGGAAGUAUGCUAGAAACAACAAUACGUAUUCUGCAGCGCCGCAAACACAUUUCCAGAAUCGAAAACCCGCUUUUUAUGCACCUUACUACAGAGCGUAA